AUGAUCUUCCUCUACCCCAUCGCACUCGUUGCAGCGCUGCUCUUCAGCGCGCUCACCGACGUCUCAGUCCUUCUCCUCGCGCCCACCUUCGCUCGCUUCCAUAUACCACUACUUGGCGGCACAGCAUCACACUACUUCUCUUUGACAUCACUAUCUCUGGCACCGGGCGACCCUGUUUCUCUAGACAACAACUCGUACCACUAUGGCUCCUGCGUCGACUCGGAGUGCUUCCCACUCGCCUUCGCCGUCUCCUCUGCGCCCGCCAUAGUCGACUACCUGCCGCCCACUCUUCUGCAGGCCUCCGAGUACACACCCGCGCCGUCUCUGCAAGCAUCCUUCGCCAGCUGGUCUGGAACACUCUACCACAUCCCUACCAUCGUCGCCGUCCUCGCCGCCAUGUACUACAUCUGUAUGAUCUGGGUCACCGUCUCUGUACCUUUCUUCUCCUGCGUCGCCGACACCCUCGACCUGCAACAACCUAACUCGUCAUGGUCGCUUGAUUCCCCCGCAUCGCCCGUCAAAUCAUUGUGUACCGUCCGCCAUCCUUCGACGUGCGCUCCGCAACGGCUUUCGUUCGACGGAGCCACGGAGCUCUGGGAUCUUGUACCUGUUUCUUCGACUGCUCCGCGGCGCGUUCAGGCGGUAUCCCGGCCGGUCUUGCUCAUCCUACCGCCUCCCCCGCCACUGUCGCUUCCGCCCAGUCCGACACUGCCGCCGCCAACACCACUACUACCACCUCCCACACCACUACUACCGCCCCCGACACAAACACUACCGCAAUCCACACUAUCGCUUCCCGCUCCAACACCAUCGCCUCCUCCUCCGCCACCACCAACGCUACCGCUUCCUCCGCCAACGCCUCCUCUACCACCGCCGGAGCCCCCGCUGGAGAUCGCGAAGAAGAAGAGGUCCAGAGGGACCCGAGGCGGUAAACGUGAACAACAUCGUAAAAUCAAUAGGGCUCUCGCCGCUGAAGCAGCCGCUCAAAACCAACAAAUCACCGCUCCCCAAGACCCCACGCUCAUCACCGACGGCAGUGGCCCUGAAGUUGUCGUUGUACACCACCACCCCGCCAUCCCCGCCCCACCUCCGCCUCCCAAACCAGUACCAGCGGCAAUAACUCGAUUUGCCCAACCAUGGACGCCUCCUCCCAAACCUUAUCUCGCUCCUCGGCAUGCAACACCCUCCAACACCCUCACCAUCAUCGGGCGCCCGUACUCGCACUACAAAUCCACUCCGUCCAACGGUCCCGCGAUUACAACCCUCAGUCGCUGGGCCUCGCAUACCUCACCACCACUGGCGACCGUACCCGUCCGAGUUCUGCCUCCGGGCAAGCUCAACCAACGUGCUAGACGGGCACACACGGCCCAUCAGACCCUCGGUAGCUUCCUUGCAGCCUCGUGA